AUGCAAAACGCGGAGAACAUAAAGCGCCUCGGGGCCGAGUGGAAACUUUUAUCCGAGGCGGAGAAGAGGCCCUUCAUCGACGAGGCCAAGCGGCUGCGCGCCUUGCACAUGAAGGAGCACCCGGAUUACAAAUACAGGCCCCGCAGGAAAACCAAGACUCUGAUGAAGAAGGAUAAGUACACGCUGCCGGGCGGGCUGCUGGCCCCGGGCUCCAACUCCAUGGCCGCGGGGGUCGGCGUGGGAGCCCCGCUGGGCGCGGCCGGCGUCAACCAGCGGAUGGACAGCUACGCGCACAUGAACGGGUGGACCAACGGCGGCUACGGGAUGAUGCAGGAGCAGCUCGGCUACCCGCAGCACCCGGGC